AUGGGGCAUUUGGAGUUCCGGGCAGCAGAAUGCAAAGGGCAGGAACCGAGCAUCACCGAAGACUUCUACACGACGCUAUUUCCACGAAACAUCAACGAUGAGGACCUUGUAGAUGGGGCAAGUCCCGGUCCGGCCCCGUAUGACGAACCGAAGUUUACUACUAUGACGUUCCAACUUGUCCGGUUCAACGGCAUGCGAGCUUUACGGCGUAUAGUUCAAAGCACUUACCGCCUUGAACGCCGCAUGCUGGACUCAGGACUCCAUGGAACAUCUCGUCCUGAUCCAGCACAAGAACUCAGAGAUCUUUAUGAGCAGAUCAAAGUGAUGCUCGACGAAGUUCAUGAAGAGAAUCAGCGAAAAUAUUUGCAUAACCUUAACCCAGAGGUACCAAUGGAGAGGCUGACGCUGGGACUGGCUUCACUGUUGGAGUGGCGUGCCUACUUACUGUUUUGGCUUCGGAUGCCGCGUGCUUACCGCGACGUAGUCUUUUCGGACGAGAUCCGCCGAUCGAUCUUCGAGAAGUCGGUAAACUGCGUCGAAACACUAAACGGAGCGGCAGCCGAUGUCGAUGCUGCUCGCUUCCAAUGGCACAUUGGAGGAAUCGCGUCUUUCCAAGCCAUCAUGCAUAUCCUAUCAGAACUCCGCAACCCCCUUUUCAACGCACCUGACCGCCAACGCGCUCUAAGAGCCCUCCAGAUGUCUCGUAUCCUCCGCGAGAACAACAGCGCCAAAGCAUGGCAAGCAGUCAAAAACAUGAUCGACAAGGCCGUCUCAGAACACAAUCUCUCGCCAAGAGGGCCGCCGCAGCCAUCGACUACCUACGUCAGCCAACCCAUCGUGCCUUCCAUUCCCGUGCCGCUGAACAACAACGCACCCAACAGCAACACGGGCGUAUAUCCGGCAAUGCAAGGCAUCCCAAGCUACGCCUACCAAAACCCGUCUGCAGCUUAUAACCAACAAAACAUGCCAGGGCCAUCUCAACCAGAACCCAUGCAGACUCAACCCGACUUGCUACAGUCCAUGCAGUCCAUGCAAGACAAUGCGCCUUGCUGGGACGACAUCAAUCUCAACAACAUCAACAACAUCGUAGGCGACGUACAAGCUAGCACGGAUGUAAUUCCCGACUUUGAUUUCGGUUUCUGGGGCGACCCUUUUAACUACGAAAAUGAACCUGCAGCCAUGCCGUUGCAAGAUGGCUACUUUCCUCAGUGGAGUGGGGGAAUAUGA